AUGGCCCGCACUAAGCAGACUGCCCGCAAGUCUACAGGAGGGAAGGCUCCUCGCAAGCAGCUCGCCACCAAGGCCGCCAGGAAGUCGGCUCCCGCUACUGGCGGCGUGAAGAAGCCUCACAGAUAUCGUCCCGGCACAGUCGCUCUUCGUGAAAUCCGCAAGUACCAAAAGUCUACUGAGCUGCUCAUCCGCAAGCUCCCAUUCCAGCGUCUCGUGCGUGAAAUUGCCCAGGAUUUCAAGACCGACCUGCGGUUUCAGAGUUCUGCGGUGAUGGCCCUGCAGGAGGCUGCUGAGGCUUACCUGGUCGGUCUUUUUGAAGACACCAACCUGUGCGCGAUCCACGCGAAGCGCGUCACAAUCAUGCCCAAGGACAUUCAGCUUGCAAGACGCAUCCGUGGCGAGCCGCUCUUCAUAUCCUUCGUCUCCAGCUCGAAGUACUCUCCACUGCACUUCAACGUUCAUUUGACGCUCUUCAGAAUGGCUCGUACUAAGCAAACCGCUCGUAAGUCGACAGGAGGCAAGGCUCCUCGCAAGCAGCUCGCUACCAAGGCCGCCAGGAAGUCAGCUCCCGCCACUGGCGGCGUGAAGAAACCUCACCGUUACCGUCCCGGAACCGUGGCUCUUCGUGAGAUCCGCAAGUACCAGAAGUCGACGGAGCUUUUGAUUCGCAAGCUCCCCUUCCAGCGGCUAGUGCGUGAAAUUGCACAGGACUUCAAGACAGACCUGAGGUUUCAGAGUUCUGCGGUGAUGGCUCUGCAGGAGGCUGCAGAGGCUUACUUGGUCGGUCUGUUCGAAGAUACCAACCUGUGCGCUAUCCACGCGAAGCGUGUCACUAUCAUGCCCAAAGAUAUUCAGCUCGCCAGGCGUAUUCGCGGCGAGCGGGCAUAA